UCUAACCAGGAAAUUCUGACAGCCUCUCCACCAGCCUUUAAAACGCAGAGUCAGAGCUCAGAAAGCAGCACGCAGAGACUUCAUCACCAAUAGAGAAGUUUCCAACCUCAACUUGCUCUCAGCACUGAGAUCAUCCUUCCUGAGCUACGAUGUCGGGUGGUGCAGUCUCCAUCUUUUUUGCUCUCUGUGUGCUUUUAGAUGGCUGCUGUGGAAAACUGGCGAUUCUGGGAGAGUCUGUAGAGUUAAAAGCUGAUGUGAAGUGUGACGCGCAGGAAUUCAGUCUGAUCUACCGGCUGAGGGAUGACAGUCCUCGGACUGUGGCCCAGCUGGUAAACGCCUGGGAGAAGCUGGGAGAGAGCUACAGAGAGCGGGUGGAGCAAAGAUCCAUGCUCAGCUUGUGGCUAACCUGUGUGAACUACAACUACGAGUUCACCUUCGCCGGGCAGCUUGUCACCACCAUCCAGCUGGAGGUCCUCAUCAUCUCCAACAACAACCUCUCUGUGCCUGAAGGAGACACGCUCACGCUGCCGUGUUAUUUCCACACUGAGGGGGACGCCGUGGAAUCUGUUGUGUGGGAAAGAGACGGAGAGCUGGUGCUGAACCAGAGCCUCUCCUCCGGGGAGGUCAGACAUGGGACUGGAUUUGAGGGCAGAGCGUCUAUGAGGUCUGACUGGUUUGUACUGGGAGACCUGUCACUGACGGUGGAGCGAGUCCAGCUGGAGGACCGAGGUGACUUCUUCUGCUGUGUUAAUAAAGGCAGCAGACAGAGGGGGGAGUGGAGAGAGAGGGGCAGCCCUGCAGCUAUGAGAGUGACUGUCAGUGAGAGGAGCACCAACACCAGCAGCACCUCUGCUCCCCCCACACGUGAAGCAGAGACACACACGACAGCUUGUGUCACUCCCAUCAUCAUCACAGCCGUCAUAACCCUGCUUCUACACAAGCACGACCUCUGCUGUGAUACUCUUUCUCUAUAUUUUUUUAAGGGUUUUUUGUAUCUCACUGCUUGUUUUAGCUUCACUUCCUUUUCCUGUAGUUCAUUUGAUAAGAUAUAA